GAGAAGGGAGAAAGUAGCGCCGGUAUAUAAAGAGUUGGCCGUGACUUUGAAAGCAUCGUAGAGUCUGUUGCGCGUUUCCACGGACGGGUAUCGCAGAAUCGAUUGUCUCGACCGAUCGUCUUUGUCUUUGUGCAACUUUACAAACCAUGAGGUUCUUUGUGCUUGCCACAAUGGUGGCCGUAGUGUGGGCCUACGAGGAGGAGCACGGUAGUAGUACAACCUAUCACGAAACGUCCAAGCCAGUGGAGAUACCGAUCUACAAGAAAUACGCGAUACCAAUUCCGCAUCCGGUUGCCGUCCCGGUUCCUCAGCAAAUUAAGAUUCCAAUCCCUCAGCCCUACCAGGUCCAAGUCGCAGUUCCGCAUCCGGUGCCCGUGGAAGUUAUUAAACAUAUCGAGAUACCUAUAGAGAAGCCGGAACCGUAUGUCGUGGAGAAAAAGGUACCAUAUGUCGUCGAGAAGCCGUACCCAGUGACAGUGGAGAAGCACUUUCCAGUGCCAAUACCUAAACCGUACCCAGUUCACGUGCCGGUGUACAAGCACGUUUUCCAUCAUAAGGGUGGACAUGGACAUGGACAUGGACAUGGACACGGCUGGAAGAAGCAUCAUCAUUGAUUCAUAAAUUUGGGGCGAUUCUCUCUUAAGUAUCUUUAUGCCAAAAAUAGCGACAAGCGUUACACGAACAAUAUUUAUAACGCCGUAAACGUUGUGAUGUUUGUACAUAGUUUGUUGUAUUAUCAAUAUAACAUUUAUAUUUGUUAUAUUUAAAUAAAUAUGUUUCUUCUUAUA